AUGGAGACCCAGGAUGAUAGCAUCGACAUUGCAAAGUUGCAACGCGACGCGUUGGGGCUAGAGCACGACCCAUCUCAGCCGUACCUUUCGAGGUCUGCAAAACCUAGUAACGAGCCAAAUCACACUUUUUGUUACACAUACCACACAGUCAACGGUGCUUCCAAUGGUGACGGAGUGUGCACCGGAAAACACCUACCUCCGAAAACACCAUCGAACCCCGCAAGCCUUGUACACCAACACAAAUUCCCUCCGUCUCGACCUCGGCAGCAUGAACCACGCACAAUAAUGUCCAAUAAUAGUGGCAAUGAACCGGCCAUUGUCUCAGGAUCGCAAUUAGGCAACAUGAGCUCCGUAGAGGCUGCUCCUGGUGAUACCCAGGUCGUCUCGCAGUCAGUGUACGAUAGCAUUAUCAGACAAAAUGGGGAAUCGAUGCAACAAGGGUAUUCACAAACGGGGGCCGACGGAGCGACAUUGAGAACAUUGUAUGAGGGGGACAGCGGCCAUAUCGACCUCCUUUCCGAAUUGGACGCCGCGCACCAUGGAACGAAUCUCUCCCAAGAUGACGAUGAUAACGACGACGAGAGCACUUUCGAUCAGAACGAGUCUUCUCCAAUGGCCUACGCACCCGACCUCUUCCCGGAAUCGCAACGGUUCCUAGCAGAAACACCCGGCACGGUGGUGAAAAAUAAUGAGGCAAAGGGUGGGACAGCAGAGACCCCGAGCAUCUCACGGAAUCCUCUGGCUAGUGGUAUCGAGUCAAGUGGCGGUCUCCUUGGUCUGAGCCAGCUUUUCGGGGCUACCCAGGCCCCGUCGUCUCCCAUUGUCCACGGUCUGCAGACGGAGCUUGUAUCGGAUCGUCCGUCGCCCAAUAUCCCGAUUCAACCAGCUCGUGUUGUCAAUGGCAUCUCUUCGCCGUUGAUGGGCUUGCCAGUUCAGUUCAUGAGAGAAUCAUCCGAACCGAACAUGAACUAUAUAUCGAUGAAGGAAUCGCAGACAAAGCGCGACAGGACUUUGGGGGAGAGGUUGACUCGGUCGGCCGACAAUAUCCAGUCGGACCAGAGUGACAAGGAAUUCUAUAAAGAGUCGAGCUUUAUAGAACGUGCACGACGACAGCGAGAAAUCGACGAGGAAACUGCGGCUCAAUUCGCCGGGCUGAGUGCUCCUGCCAGAUCUACAUCCAACCUCUCCGCUAGACUACGGACUUCUCCCGAGCAGGCAGGUAAACGACAAGAAGACCAGGAAAUGAUAGAAGCCGUUGCCAGCGAGGAAGAAACCGAACAAGAGGAAGAUGUGCAAGUUCCCCGGUCACAAGAGGCUCCUCAAUCUUCAGCCGAAGAAGACAAAGAAAACUAUGACGGACCUUCUCUGGAUGCCGCUGCCGCCGCUGCUGCUGCCAGUGCCCAUGACCGACUAUCUCAGCUCAUGGAGGCUCCUUCCGCCCCCAAAAAUGGUAGUCAGCCGAACGGUAUUAUGCCUUCUUCCCAGGCGAUGGUAAAAGACUCUCAGCCAUCACCCCAAUCAUCACCAAAACGCAUAGAAGCCAACAAUAUUAAGAACAUCACCCAUCGGUCGCCCUCGCGUUCUCAUGUGAAUUCCCCCACACGAGACCGUCUUCAGUCCUCCUCUCCCUGCUUGCGACCACAAUCAAGAAAUUCGAACAGCAAUACCCAGAGAAAUGGCUCUGUAUCAAGUGAACCUGCCAUUCAACCCGUUGAGGAUGCAUCCCUUAACGAGAAUAUACCAACACACUCUAGCAACCCCUCGGAGCAGCAAUAUGUAAACUCGUCGCAUUCCAGAGUGGACGCGGGAACUGUGGGCAACUCAUCAUCGAUGCCAUCCCGUGUGGCUGAGACACCUAUGAACCAACGUCUUAAGCAUCUCGGUGAUAUGGCUCGAUUGACGAGUAUCCCAGAAACAAGUCCCAGUCAAUCCCAAUGCAAUUCAGAGGCUGGGUCCAAUGGCGAUGGACUGAACAACGAAGACGACGACCUUCCACCCAUGUUCAAUGAAGUCCCCAGUAUUCGAAAGAAUCAUAUCCGCCCAGCUGGGGCAAGGGCACUCUCCUCACCUCUCAAAAAGUUGUUGUCCAGUCCGGGCGGAGGCCAACGCAGGGCUUUGACUGAAAUUGCGGCAGAUCUUUCGCCGCAGGUUGGGGCAGGAGGAUUUGAUAUGGGGAUUGGGAUCUUUACCACCGAGGAUCAGGAGUUCAGAGCCUUGAUUGAUGGAUCGCCGACUCGACCGAAGAAGAAGCGCCGCGGCAAUGAUGGCUCGGGUUACAUUGCCUCCGACCCUAUCAUACCUCUCACCCCUCGCAUACAGCCCCCAAAAUCCGUUGCACCCAUUCGAGCAACACAAGAACGACCAGCUCCUAUUCCUGCAGAUUCGGAUGAUGUACCUUUGGUGCAGAUCCCUGAAAAAGCUGUGCGAAGGCAAUCAAAGCCCCCGCGACGAGCCCGGGAGAAUGUUUGGGAAAUCGAGGGAUCGCCUGAACAGCCCUUCCGCCGGAGAUCAAGAAUUGGCAAGACGGCUCUCUCAAUGUCUACGCAAGAGAAGCAUGUUCCAGAAAAGAGCUCCGGACUUACUGCGAGAUCAGCACCCCCACCAAAAGUUGUCGUUCAUAAACGACCACCACCUCCAUCAUCAGAACUCACUGAGGUUUCAUUAACAAUUGCCUCAGAUGAUAUCAUCGAGUCAGAGGCGAACAGUGUCGAUGACUCCCCUACCACGCCUCGACCAUCUCACACUUUAUCGGAAAACACCGUGGUUGCUCCAAGUCAGGUCCUUUCUGUCUGGAUGGGCCAGAAACGGGCAUACUACCCAGCGACAUGCUUUGGAACACCACUGGGCGUGUCACAGGUUAAAUAUUCCGUGAAAUUUGAGGAUAGUCUUCCAGUUGAGGUGCCAAAGGGUGCUGUUAAGAGAUUUGAGCUUCGUGUCGGAGACGCUGUCAAGAUUGAGAUGGAUAAUGUUCCAAGGGUCACUCAUAUCGUCCGCGGAUUUGAUGACAAGCUCACUAGAGAAGAGCUGGCUAAAGCCGCUGACUAUGGCCUUUACCCUAUAACCGACAUUUACGGUCAUACCACUGUCAUAGUUGGUCCCAAGCAACGCAAAAGUCUGCCAAAUGGAGGGAUGAGCAACAGCGAGAAUGUGAUCAAGGUGCCUAUUGCUCGUGUCUAUCUCGAUACUAUCCUGUGGAAUCAACUCAAAGAUCGGAUGUUCACAUAUCGCCCGGUGCCUGUUCAACAAGACAGCAUGGUCCAUACUCCAUCCGAAAGGUCAUCCGCGCCUGCUUCUCCCAGUUCUCGCUUGUCCCGCAGCAUUCACCAAGACAGCGGAAUCUUCGCUGGGAUGGUAUUUGCUGUCUCUUACAAGGAUGACGAAGCAUCUAAAAAUCGUGUGACCAGGCUGAUCAUCGAGAAUGGCGGCACUGUAUUACAUGAUGGAUUUACUGAGUUGUUCGAGCCAUCGUCAAUUGUUCCUGUUGAUAUUCCCACCAAGGGUGGAGCCAAGGAUGCAGACCUCAAUAACAAGGGUCUCCGUCUUACAGCGCUUGCUGAUGACGUUGGCUUCGCCUGUUUAAUUGCCGAUACCCAUUCUCGACGAGAAAAAUACAUGCAAGCACUGGCAUUGAACCUUCCAUGUCUAGCCGGGCGGUGGGUAGAGGACUGUAUCUCCCAAGGUCGCGUCCUCGACUGGGAUAUCUACCUCCUCCCAGCCGGUGACUCAAUGUACCUCAACGGAGCGACAAAAUCCAGAGUCAUGGCUCCCAACCCUCCAUCCACAGCCCGUCUAGCCGACACCAUCUCCGCACGAACAAAGUUACUCGCUGGACAAUCAGUGCUCCUUGUCAUGGGCCGUGGAAAGGUAGAGGAAAAGAGGAAAGCCUACAUCUUCCUGACUUACGCCCUAGGUGCUUCCCGUGUUGAGCGUGUCCCUGAUCUCGGCACGGCCAGGGCAUUGAUAGACUCGCAAUCUGAUGCCGGUCUGUCAACUACCUGGGACUGGAUCUAUGUUGACGAUGCAGAUCAAGCUGCUGCAAAGUCGAUGUUGACACCCAAACCAAAGACGCAGAGAAUUCACUUGUUCCAUGGGAAGAAGCGUAAGAAGUCGAUUGCAUCGUCGACUCCUACGCCCCCUAAUGAGCUGAAAUGCACUGCGAGGGUUGUCGGUAAUGAGUUUGUUUGUCAGAGUUUGAUUUUAGGUCGCUUGUUUGAGGAGUGA